AUGACAUGGGAGCCCUUGUCCUUGAUCACGCUCUUGGUCACUUUUCUCGCCCUCGGCUUGUGUCGUAGAUACUUGUCCGGCUCAAGGACCCUUCUCUACGCAAUUGUCACUGCCCUGCUUCUACGUCUCGAUGGCCGCGCCGCCAUGUAUCGCAUUUAUUUCUUUGCUCACGAUGCCGUCAUCAAUGCCUCGCCGGUUGCGCGCUUCAAGAUGGGCCUGACUCUCGGGGCUGUCAUCUGGCUGGUUCAUCGCGCUAUUCAAACCAUUUGGAAACCCAUUCCCGAGCUCGUCAAUAUUCUUGGACUUGACAUCCCGCCACCCCCGGAUGUCUGUCUCGCCGGAAUUCGAUCCGACUCGGCAUAUUUGACCUGGGACGCACGAACUGCCUCUCAGCGCCCUGUUCAGAAACUCUUAAUACAGGUCAAUGGCGUUGAUGUUGACGAAGUAGCCGGUAACGAAAAGGCCAUAACAAUUACUGGUCUGAGACCCAAUCAUUUUUACAACAUCAGGGUUAUAGCAGUUAGUCCAAAUAACUUUCGAUCCAACAGUACUGUCAUCAGGCUACGCACGUUUGGUAAAGAUGGUCGACCUCGACUGGGAAAUUCUCGACUGCCUACCAGCUUCGUAGACCCGGGCCUUUCACGUGCGACCGCCAACGACGAUGCCGAUGAUUCCGAUGGACCCGGAUUCCCGUACCCGACCGUUGAGGCUACACCAGUCAACGAUGGAGUCACGGGCUCCUCCAGAGAUCUUGCAACAGGAGUCCCUGGUCAGCGGCGAAAUACGCUGCACAGACGACAUUCUCCGUCAGUAGCGAGUACAGACCAGGGACAAGUCAAGUCUGCAGUAUUAAACGAGCCAGAAAUGUCACUGGCGGACUUGAAUGAGAGGUUUGAAGCUAUUCGAAGGGAGAUAGAUGACGUUGUGCAAUUGGCAGCCAAGGAACAGGCCGAAGCUCUGCAACAAGAAGAUGAACUGAAGAGGGAGAGGGACAGGAAGAGACAAGCUCUCAAAGAGAAGGAAGAAUGCACCACCCAGCUAAAAGCCAUGAUGCGGACGACCAUGGAGCAAAUGCGAGCCGCAGAAAAGGAGCGAGCGAAGAAGGAGCAGCAGUUGAGAGAAAAGGAAACAAAAAAGUCGAAAAUUAAGGAUAGCAUUUCCAAGUUCGAAAAAGAAGUGGAACGGAUGAGAAAGGAGCGUGAAGACUUCCAAACGCAGAGAAGGGAAAUGGAAGAGAAACGGGAUCAUGCCGUCAAAGGUCUCAAUGCUCAGGUGGCAUGUCUUCAGGAAAAAUGCGCCGGGCUGGAAGCCGAGCUUGCCCAAAAAGGGAAACAGCUACAGGAUCUCAAAGCAACACGGGAGCAGCUCCCUGACGCCAACGACGAGCAAUGGAAAGAGGAGGACCAGCGGCUCAGGAGAGAGUGGGAGGUGAAGAGGCGAGACUUACAUAACCGCCUUGUUACAGAGACCAAAUUCGGGCACAAUCUGGACCAGCAAAUUCGGGCCCUGGCCGACCAGCUGGCCUUUCAGCAACAACAGGCUGGUCUGAAUUUCUUCCCCCCGCUGUCGUCCACAGCGGUGGAUUUUGACCCAGCUAUGCUAUCUCAAGCUGCGAAGCGCCUGAGCUUUCCAGGACCUGGCUUGGGCGGCACCCCGGUAUCAUCACCCCCUUUGGCUCACGCUGAACCACAACUUCAGGGCAACGUAUCGUUUGGUGCUCCUACGUUCGGGCCUGGCCUUUUUAUGGACAUGUCGGAGAACAAUCAUGUUGAGGCGCAAUCCGAGGCCGAGCUUAAGGCUGCUACUGGUCCCCUGAGCCCUUCUGCUCAGACUCUUCUCCCGUCAAACAUUUUUGACGACACUGAGGAGCAUGUGGAUGUCAAGCAAUCUCAGAAUCCCAUUCUGCCGCAAUCUAUCGUGGCCGAAGAGAACGGUCCGCAAUCGCCAGUCUCCCCCGCCCCGUCUUUUCACGUCCUCCCAAGUCCCCACGGAUCCGCGAAUCAUUUACCCUUCCAUCAGUAUGCAGACUCUGGUGAUCAAAUCUCUUUAAACAUGCCCCAAUCACCUCCUGCGCGCUCACCAGCCAGUGUUCAUCGAUUCUCGACCAUCUUUUCGCCUUUUUCUCGCAGCACCAAAGCCCCAAAGACGUCUGAUGAGGACGGCCCCCCCAUUGGUAGUCUCAAAGUAGGCCAGAGUCAAUCAUUUCCGCGUGGUACGGAAGAAGGCGAGAAUAUGGAGUUUCGCCGGAGGCUAUGGCCCUGGGGUAUCAACAGCGGCAGAAAUUCCACGGGUCAAGAGAGUCCGUCGGCAAGCUUAAACUACUUCUCUGCUCGUCGGGUCAAUUCCUUGAAGGGAUCUAGAAUUUCCGCCAUCUCGGACCGAGAACAGGAUCCUUCUAGGCCGUCAUCCAUUAUCUCUAUCGAUCAUCCCCGUCCCUCUACCGACAGCGCAUCCAUAUGGGGAGCUCCUGGAGAUGCAGCCACCAACUUGAAGAACACGUCUGCAGACGACGAGAUCUUGGAGGAGAGUGACCUGCGAGAUCCUCAUACAUCUCCCAGCCAAAUUGGAGUGAUUGGAUCCCGUCCGCCAGCAGCGUCGUCCAAAUCUCUCAUGAGCCAACGCUUGAACCCCACAGCUCCAACAUUCAUGGGCAACAUCUUCCGCAAGGAUAAGGACAAGGACGGAGGCAAGGACAAGCCCAAGGAAGAUAAGGGCAAAGGCAAAGAGGUUGGAACACCAGCCAGCGACUUUCCGGAGAUUCACGACGACUCGCUGUCGGACUCACGAAUUUCCAGGGAUACAUGUUCUCUUCACACGGGCACGUCGGUGUCGGAGUCUCGUGAGUCGCUGCAACUAGACUUGACGCAGUCCAACACACCGUCAGAUAUGAAUUCUGUCUCAACGUCGAACGCCAAAGACUCUGAUAAUGUAGUGCGAAAAUUGUUCCGCAAAGGUAGCUCCAGCAAGUUCAGUCUUUCCUCUAGGCUUGGCAAGGACUCUGGGCUUUUUAAGAAAGGACCAGGCAGCACCUCCAACUCGGACAGAAAUGCAUCCGCCGAACAACGAACAAGCAUUGGCAACGCAGAUGACCUGGGCGAAGACGGCGCGGCGUUUGGGCGCAGUUAUGACAGCAUGACCAGCAGCCCAUCUCUUGGUCCAUCCAAGUCGAAAGACAGCAGGGAGGGACGAAUGAGUUCGUGGCGCUUCUCUAUGCGUAAGAAGACUAAGGACGCUCCGGCUAGGGACAAGGAGAGUCUGGAAAUAGAACGGGCCCCAGAUGACUUUGGGGUUGGGGGUAGUCACAGGGGGACCAGCGGAACAUGA